CUGUCCAACCAGGAAUUCCUCCUCGAAUUCCUGGCCCUCCUCACUUGCAUCGUAACAAUCUUGUCCGAUCGUUACCAUUUUCUGGCACUGGUUUUCGCUUAACUAAUAAUCAGCCAAAUUUUCAACUGAACUCUGAUGAUAAUUCUGAUGAUGAUGAAAAAAGACAACGUAUCGCUGAAGCUGUACAGGCACGAGCACGUACAGAUGAUACUACUUUGGCUGAAAAUUCGCAAUACGUAAAACAUGGUGUUAGACGUGAAGUUGGCACUUUAAAGUCAAGAUGUGCUUAUUGUGUUGCAGGGGGGUAG